UCACUCCCUGCCUCACUGGCAGCAGGAGAGCGAGCUGCAUCUGGGACGGCAGGGGCGCCGCACUUUCUGACAUUCUCCACCGCAGCGGGGCCCGAGAGAGGGGCCGAACUAUCUGGGGUCCCAACCUGCGCGACGCCGACACUCCUCCAGCACUCCACCCCAACACCCCGCUGCCUUGCGCCUCCGAACUGUUCGAGUGACAGCGCCCCGUUCCGGUGGGGUUUUUUUGCCGCGGGCUGUUCGCGGGAGGUCUCCUCGCUCGCCAUGUGUACGGGCAAGUGCGCCAAGUGCAUCGGGGGCACCCUGUACCCCCUGGCCGCCAUCUGCCUCAUCUGCAACAUCAUCCUCUUCUUCCCUGGCUGGUCGACUGAAUAUGUGCAGGGCAAAGAGCACGAAAACGAAAGUCUGAUCACCAACGAAGUCAAAUACAUGGGUGGGCUGAUUGGCGGGGGCAUCAUGGUGCUGAUUCCUGCCAUUCACAUUCAUGCCACUGGGAAACGGGGUUGCUGUGGCAACCGCUGUGGGAUGUUCCUGUCCAUUGCGUUCGCCACCCUGGGGGUCAUCGGCUCCCUCUACAGCUUUGUGACGGCCACGUUGGGCCUGGUGAAUGGCCCCUUGUGUGAGUACACAGAGAAGGGCCUGUUGGUCUGGGGCACCCCCUUCAAAUCAGCAGACGGGGAAUUCAACAACGAGAGCUACCUCUUCAACAAGGAGCUCUGGAAGGAGUGCGUGCAACCAAAAGGCGUGGUGGAGUUCAACGUCAUCCUCUUCUCCCUGAUCCUGGCGGCCAGCGGGAUCGAGAUGGUGCUGUGCCUCAUCCAGAUGAUCAAUGGCUUGUUCGGCUGUCUGUGCGGCACCUGCGGUGAAAAGGGGCCAGUCUAAGCCUGACCGUGGUCAACUGUGGUCAGUUGUGUAGAGGGAGACUGACCUAUCCAGAGGCCAGAGUGAUUCCUAUCAAGCCAAGCGUGGAUGGAUGAUUAUGGAGCACAUACACACUCAGACUGACGAUGUACCUGAUGCAGUCCACCUGUUUUACUCGCUGUAGAAACUGGCAGCUCCAUUCUCAAGCAGAAGUCACAUUCUUGUUUUUGUAUGUGUCCCAACUUUACAUGCAGGUCGAACUUGAUGGACUUUAUGUACAGAGUUCGAGGUUCUUAGAUGCAAUGAAAUUAAUUUUAAUACUAUAGUGUUUUAAAAAAAUAGUUGUAUUUUUUUUACUACAUUGUAUUUUACUGCCCUCCUUUUCUUGAAAAUCGACAUAACUCUGUUAAGCAGCUUAUAAAAGUCCUUAAUGUUCACAAUAAAAACAUGUUUCUUUCCAGUGA